AUGUUCUUUUCUCCCAUCGAAGCAGGUCACCGGCCGGCACAACGACAUGGAGCUCCAUUUAGCGGCGCAAAGGGGGAUCUCGUUGUUGUUAGGGGGGUUUUGGGGGAGUUUGAUGCUCAGAUGACGGUGACCGGGGUUGAGUUUGACACAGAGGAGAGGAUCGAGAAGGUCGUGGAGGAGGUGAUCGGGUGGCUGGAGGGGAACCAGCUGGCGGAGGUGGAGGAGUACGAACACAAGCAGAAGGAGUUGGAGGUGGUAUGUGGGCCGUUAAUCGCGAAGAUGUAUAAGGGUGGUGGAGGAGCUGAUAGUGCAGGGAUGAAUGAUGGUGGUUCUUCUAGUGAUGGUGCAGGUGGUAGUGGCAGUGGUGGUUCUGGGCCUAAGAUUGAGGAGGUUAAUUAA